AUGCGCAACUACAACUUUGUUGCUGCGUGGAACGUUGACGCGUACAUCGACGCCCUUGCUGUUGCCCUCAAGUCCAACCACCGCCUGCAGACCCUGGAUUUGAGCCGAGUUUGGAUGACUGCCGACCACGCCAUCACCAUCGCCAAUGCGCUCGAUCCCCAUCGCAACAUCACCGUCAAGUUUCGCGACAGGGACGAAGAUGCGAGACACGCGUUUGACAAGCGCAUGAGCGAGCGCCGCCAGCAAAACACGCCGCAACCUUCCCACCCGAAAUACGACGCAGUCGCUCCCCCGUCUUCGCCAGGCUCAUCGUCCAAGCCGUCGUCGGAGAUUGCUGCGCUCAAGAAGAAGCUGCAAGAGAAAGAUGCAGAACUCAGCGCGGUCCAACAAGCAAACGCAAAGCUGAAGCAGGCAAAGAAUGCGCUGCAGAAGAAGAACGGCAGCCUCAGCAAGCAGACUGCAAGUCUACAACAGAAGAACACGAAGUUGCACCAGCAAGUCUCGAGCCUGCAGCAGAACCUCCAGUCAGUCCAGCAGCAACUCGCGUCCAAGACAUCCUCCCUCAAUGAUGCAGACGCGCGCAUCGCCGAACUUGAGCAGCAAGUUACUGCGCUGAGUGAAUCUCUCAGCAACUCUGAAGACAUCGUCAAGAACUUUGAAUCGCAUUCACAACAGUUGGCACAGGAGAACGCCUUCUUCAAGACACGCGUAGAACUCAAGGACAACUGGGAAGAGCAACUCGAGGGCGUGUUGAACCUGAACAUCCCGUCGUCCCGUUUUGUGGGAAAAGUGCGAGUUUUCGACAUCAACGGCAAGCAAGUUGGUGGCGCCUUUGGUUCUCUCUUCAAGGCAGAGCUGGCAGGACAGCCGGUUGCUCUCAAGCAAACCCCAGUGCAGAAUCGCCCUCGCCUCCCCGAGAUCAUUGCAUGCGUUGCCGGGUCUGAGGACAUUCCAGACCACUUGAAGCAGCUGCGACGCGAGGCGCUCAUCCUGCUCUCCCUCCGUCAUCCCAACAUUGUGCACUUCCUUGGCCUCACCCACGAUGAGCAAAGCCAGACGCUGGCCUUUGUGCUGAGUUGGGCCGAGAACGGGUCCCUCUACGACUUGUUGCACGUGAAGAAGCAACCGCUUGAUGGGCCAACCCGCCUGCGCAUUGCUUUCGAGGUGGCAUGUGCCAUGGCUUUCCUGCACGCCCACAACGUCGUGCACCGCGACCUCAAGUCGCCCAACGUGCUGCUGGACGCAUCACUCUCCGCCAAGGUGACGGACUUUGGCCUGAGCACCUUCAAGUCGGCAGACAAGUCCGUGCUGACACAUGGUGGUGGCACACCGCUGUGGGCAUCGCCGGAACAGCUGUUGGAGGGACAGGAGCUCCGCAUGGACACGGACGUGUUUUCCUUUGCCGUUCUCGUGUGGGAGCUGUUCCUCAACAUCAAACCAUGGCACCACGGCAAAUACGCUGCUCUGGGUGGCGCGAACAUCUCCACAAUUGCCAGAGCGUAUGAGAAGGGCAGAUACCUUCCACUCGACGUUGAGGUUGAUGGUCGCAGGCUGAGCGAUGCGGUGCAGCAGGUGCUUGGCCAGUGCUUUGAUGUGAGCGGUAAUCGACCUUCCUUUGUUCAGCUGCAAGGCACGCUGGGUGGGCAGUACACAGCCGCCAAAGAACAGCAUGCAGUUGAUAUGGAACAGCAACACGAGCAGCUGCACGGUCCUGCCAAUGCGGCGUGGAAGUGGCAGCCGGACGUCCUCGAACCACUGCAGUCGUUCAUGGUGACUCAUCCAACACGCGCGUCCGUGCGCAUUGCUGCGGUUGGCGCUGCCCACGACAAGGGCAUCGCCAUCGCCAAACAGAUGAUCACGGAAGCUGGCGGCCGCUCAAGUGAUGAAGCAACAGCAGCUCCUCUGCAGCCCUUUGGCAAGGCUGUAACUGGUGUCGUUGUUGUGCAGUGCAGCCAGAAGAACGCUGCCUUCAACGGCGCAGUUCACCGCAACCAGACCCGUUAUCUUGGCCACAUGAGCAGCGCCAACCACCCGUUCCAUCCCAAGUACAAGAUCGAUACGGCAACGGGUGCGCCCACCAACGCCGAGGAGGCUGCUGUCCUUGCUCAAGUCACUCUCCACCCUGCUGGCGCUUCAUCGUACAAGGUGCUGGACCAGGCCAUGAUGCAGCCCGAUGUGCAUCUUCGCCUGCAGCGCGUGUUCCACGGCGUGCCGUCAUUCAAAGUUGCUAUGAGCAUCCUGGGCGGCGAUUUCGCACAGCUGCAGAAGACUGACAAUGGCUGGUACGGUGCUGGCUUCUACUUUACGCACGACCUCGACUAUGCUCUCGAGUACACGAAGAAGUGUAAGGAUGUGCCGCCUGAGCUGCAGCACCUGAAUUUGCCUGCAGGCAAGCAGUUCCGGGUGGUCCUGGUGUGUGACGUGCAGUAUGGCAACCCAUACCCAGUGCCGGACGCUGUCACCUUUAACGGCAAGCCGCUCGUUGGCGGACACGACGCCCAUGUUGCCGUCGUCGAUUUCAGCACCGGCAGCAAGGCUGACGCAUUCCCCCUCGCACCCACAGAAUGGGCCAGCAAGCGCACAGCCGCCGAGAUUGUGAUCAACGACCCGUCCUGUGUCCUCGUGCGCGGCAUCCUCGUGUUUGAGGCCUGAACGCAACAGCCCGCCACCCGUGCGCCAACAAGGGUGGUGGUGUUGCGUCACUGGUUCGGUGUUACAUCUAGGCGUCUCGUCUCGUCAUCCCCCUCCUUCACACUCUCAGUUCACGCUUGCCAUUGCUGUAUCAUGGCAGAUUGUUGCUUUGUUGCUUUGUCGCUUCCUUGUUCCAUGGUGCUGGAUAGUCUUCUGCCAUUCUGCUGCGUUUGUUGACGGUACAACAUUUUUGCAAGCUUCCAUUCUUUCCUUUCGUUGCGCAGGCACGAGCACACCGGCUCUUGUUGUAUUUCUUUGUUCUUGUGAGGAGACACGGCAAGUGCCCGCCUUGUCAGUUUACGGUGCUAUCAACUUUCCUCUGCAGUGCGUGUAGAUUCUUCGUCAUCCUGUCGUGUGCCUUUGUCGGUCCUUUCACGUGUUGGCACGUUACAGCUGCCUUUGGUUCACCGUUUCCUCCCAAGCACACUUGUUUCUGUUUGGUGGUCCAGUGGUCCUUCCCGUUCCCCCUCCACUUUUCGUCCUUCCCGCUUUUCGUCCCCCGACCAUGCGCCCGUUGUUUUGCCCUUCCAUACUGAAUGUCGCCUUUCCGUCGUCGCUUGUCCUCCCCCACAGCCUUCAUUCACCUUUCUCCUCCCCGCCCGUUACGCUCUGUUCCAUCUCUGGUCAUACAAUACAGCGUUCCCCCGAA